UAAAACAUCCGAAAACAAACCGUAUAUAUUUUUAUUUAAUUAUUUUUUGUAACUGUCAGUCCCACUCAGUCAGCGCUUCCCCAUCAAAAAGCUCAACGUCGGCCCCCAGGGACCGACGCUGGGCUCAACGUGUUGAACAGUAAAACAAUUAUUGAGCAAGGUCAACUCCAAAAUCCAUCAUUGCUGGAGUGGUGUGAGAACACCACACUGCACACUACACAAGUUUACACGGAUACCCCUACAUCCUCCAAAGCGCAAACCAAGUAACGAAGUAGAAUAGAUGAUGGACAAAAGAGAAAUGUUCACGAAUGCUGCGCAAUCCGGCGGUUCUUUCACCCCGUGGAGAGUCAAUGAUCCUAGAAUUUCUGUGUAUCAUAGAAUUCACACAAAAUCUAGGUCAACGGGUCAAACAUCAACUCAUCGCAUGGUUCAACGAAACUACAGUUUCUAACGGCACACGCGCGAAGCACAUGCUUUUGCAGUUCUCCAACAACCUGUUGAUAUUGGCAAAAUAAAUCAAGCUCUGGUAAACAUAACCUAACACGAAUCCUAGCAACCAGCUGGCAGCUAAGGUAACCAGAGCGAUGAUUCAAAUUCGUCUAUUUAUUUUGCUUGCUGGCUCAAGCUGUGAAAAAAUUGUCUACUAUUAGUUUUUCCAUACUGAAUAUAGAAAAAAAACUAUGGCUGAACGGAAUAUUGAGUUACAGACAACACUUGUCCGGUACAACAAUCCAGUGCUGGUGGUAAAACAUACCGAGAAGAAAGAAACUCCACCGGAUGUCGCACGAGAGCAAACAGGCCGUCCCGGUUCCGGCGGUGCGGUGGUCGUGGAAAGUCCACGCGAAACCGAAGAAAUUUUAAAUUGUAUUUUACCACCAAAAACAUGGGAAGAGGAUGGUCAGCUAUGGACACAAACCGUGUCCAGCACGCCAGCUACCCGGCAGGAUGUUAUCAAUCUUCAGGAGAUGCUCGAUACAAGACUUCAACAGACGCAGGCUCGUGAAACCGGCAUCUGCCCGGUGAGAAGAGAACUAUACACGCAAUGUUUCGAUGAAUUGAUACGACAGGUGACCAUCAAUUGCACCGAGCGAGGACUGCUGCUGCUGAGAGUGCGAGACGAAAUUGCGAUGUCCAUGGAAGCAUACGAAACACUCUACUGCAGUUCGGUGUCCUUUGGCAUUCGGAAGGCUCUUCAGGCACAGGAAGGCAAGGAGAAGCUGCAGGAACGGAUUCAACUGCUGGAGAAGGAUAAGGAGACGCUCGAAGGCUCGAUCAGUGAUAUGAAGAUUAAGGCCGAUCAGGCGGAGAGAAGAAACGCUGAGUUAAGGGCGUCUGAGGAGAAGAAACACGCAGAGGAGAUAGCCUUUUUGAAGAAAACAAAUUCGCAGCUGAAGGCUCAAUUGGAAGGAAUUAUCGCACCGAAGAAAUAAGCAUUAGGCAACAGUAUUAGCUAAUUAGAAGUUUUUAGCAGUUUAAAAAUCUCACUUUUAUUUUAUAACCGGGAGGAAAUGCAAUAGCUUACUAACAAUUUUACUUCGGAACAAUUAUUACACUGUGAAACAUUUUUCCGAAUCACCCUUUCGCUCUCCAAUUCAAAGACUAUCUUUAUGCAACAGCUCUGCGGAAAGACUAACAUUUUUCAAUAAUCUCCGGAACAGCCUUGAAUAGGUCGGCAACCAAACCGUGAUCAGCUACCUGGAAAAUAGGUGCCUCAGGAUCCUUAUUAAUGGCGACAAUCGUCUUCGAGUCCUUCAUACCAGCCAAAUGCUGGAUAGCGCCGGAAAUACCAACCGCAACGUACAACUCAGGGGCGACGAUUUUUCCCGUUUGUCCAAUCUGCAAAUCGUUUGGAACGAAUCCAGCAUCAACAGCCGCACGGGACGCUCCAACCGCUGCGCCCCAUUUAUCGGCCAGAUCGUACAACAUCUUGAAGUUGUCACCGGAUUUCAUUCCACGCCCACCUGAGAUGACAACUUUGGCCGCCGUCAACGAUGGUCGAUCGGAUUUGGUCAGCUCCUGGCUGAUGAAUUCGGUCGAAUUUGACUUAUAAUCACCCUCUGGAGCCUUUUCAACGGAUCCACUUCCAGUAGCUCCUGCUGCUUCGAAAUUCGUACCACGAAUUGUGAUAACCUUCACCGGAUCUUUUGAUUUCACGGUCUGAAUUGCGUUACCUGAUGAAUGUAAUGAAUUAUCACAAUGCAUUAUAAUUGGCAUGGUCCAUCCCUACAACUCACCAGCAUAAAUCGUCCUCACGAAAGUAUCCGCCGAUUUGAUGUCGAUGAUUUCGGAAACCGGUGAUACAUCCAGCUUAGCGGCGACCCUCGGCAACACGGCCUUACCGAAUGCGGAUGCUCCAGCAACUAUGUGAGUAAAUUUUAGCUGGUUUUGGGUGGCCAGCACCAGUGGAGUAACCGCCUCCGCGAGGAGACCCUUGAAGGCAUCACUCUCCGCCACAAGCACUUUCCCUACUCCGUCCAGCUUGGCUGCCGCUUCCGCGAUGCUGCCCACUUUAGAACCAGCCACCAAAACGGUUACAUCUCCGCCCAAUUUCUUGGCCGCGGUGACCGCAUUCGCCGUAAUUGGGUUUAAGGCCUCGUUAUUGUGCUCCGCUAGAACGAGCGUACUUUGGAACCGACGCAGCUGUAAGUUUUGAAACAAACACUUAUGUAAUCUCACAUAAAUAAACGUGCACUGAUAACAUAAAUUAAUGUGCACUGAUCAUUUGGUGCCUGUAAAUAUGGUUUUGUUUCCAAAAUUUGCAUGAUUAAGGACCCAUUAGGGCUUCUAGUAGCCACUUACUUGAGCGGCACGGGCAAUUGUCGAUGUAGAUCUAGCAAACAUCUUCGAAAAUGAAUGAAUUAAUAAAACUUAAUCGAAUGAAACGAAAACAAUUUAUAGUGCCAGUCGCGAUUGCUGCCAGCUAAAUGAAUCAACAAAAGUGGACGAACAAAA